AAAUCCCGCCAGCCCUCGAUUUCCGGCCUGCCCCGGAAGCGCUGUGCAACCUCUCCCAAUCACUUGCGUAUAGCCCCUGCGCAUCCCCCAGUGGAGUUCAGUGGAAACAAGAGGGCACUCUCGAAUUCUCGCAUACAUGAAAAAAAAAUUACCCAGUAGAAAAAAUAUAUUUGUAGUGGAAAAGUUGAAUACACAAAUACACAACGUGGUCCAUAAUUCUUAUCGAGUCGGUGUAUAGGUUGAUCGGACAUUAGAAUUUACCCAUUCCCAAUUGGAUAAAUCGACAGAAUUGCGCAUUGUGGAGUCGUCGAGCUGGUGAGGAAUACCGACUUUAUAAAUAAUAAAUCAGGAAAUUUAUUGUGAAAUUGCGGAGGAUAUUCAGUGGAAAGUGAUAAUGUCGGUAUUGAAUCAGAGUGGUGAGGAUGCCGUUGAGUGUCCACUAUGUAUGGAGCCCUUGGAAGUGGAUGAUCUUAAUUUUUUUCCAUGCACCUGUGGAUAUCAAAUAUGUAGAUUUUGUUGGCACAGAAUACGUACAGACGAAAAUGGCUUGUGUCCUGCAUGCAGGAAGGCCUAUUCUGAGAACCCCGCCGAUUUUAAGCCCCUGUCGAAGGAGGAAAUAUCGAGGUUGAAGGCUGAAAAAAGAUUGAAGGAUCAGCAACGGAAACAACGUGUCACCGAAAAUCGAAAGCAUCUAGCUAAUGUGCGAGUAGUUCAAAAAAAUCUUGUAUUCGUUGUUGGUCUCCCCAUGCGGUUGGCCGACGCCGACGUUCUCAAAAGACACGAGUAUUUUGGUAAAUUUGGCAAGAUACAUAAAGUCGUUAUUAAUCAGAGUACAUCGUACGCGGGAUCCCAGGGGCCCAGUGCUUCGGCGUAUGUGACUUAUCAGCGUCAGGAGGAUGCGCUGCGUGCGAUAGAAGCAGUGAACAAUAUUCAAGUGGACGCUAGAACGAUAAAAACGUCCCUGGGUACUACCAAGUACUGCUCACACUUUAUGCGAAAUCAAGCGUGCCCCAAGCCGGACUGUAUGUAUCUACACGAUUUGGGGGAUCAGGAGGCGUCCUUCACCAAGGAGGAAAUGCAUCAGGGAAAGCAUCAAGAGUACGAGCGCAAACUUGUGCAAUCGUUGCAUGUCUCUGCGACAUUAGCAGUCAGCCGGAAACCGACUCCAUCGCCUCCAGUAACAGGUACAACAAUCCGCGAAAAUGGUGCAGUACAGAACUCCCAGACAAAGGAAGCGUGGCCAUCGUUGCAACCCGGUCAAACAAAUAGCACUUCAUCAAUUAGUAAAGACUCCUCUCCGCCGUCGCAAUCUCCACCACAGGCCAAUGGGUCAGCCGCAUCUGCUGGGAUACCGUCAACUCAGCCGAACAAUAAUCCAACACAGCAGCAGAAUAACAACAAUAAGGGCGAGGGCAUUGGUUCAACUUCGCGCCGUGGCAAGAGCAAUAGUGAGAGUAAGGUACAGGCGGUGCGAAAUAAGCACAAAAAUACCCAGAAUAAAGAGAAACACGGUACAACACGUACAACAUCGAGAUCAGAAUCGAGUUCUAGUGGUCAUGGGAUUGCAAGUGAUAAACAUCAAAUUGAUGGACAAAAGGACAUCAGGAGCUUCAAUGAUGAACCAAGCAGUGAUGGGAGUGCCAACGGAAGGUGCAACGAUGAUCAGGGGGUACAUAGACAACGGCAAAAUAGCGAUUCGACUACGAGUAUUGAACCGACUAUGAGGGAUAUUAAAUUAAAUGGUAUUACACGUAAUGGUGAAACGUCGGAGAGUGAGAGUGAACCACAGAGGGAAGGCAGCACACCAGCCAGUACGGCAUCCAGUAGUUCUGAUGAUUGUGGGAGCAAUGGACCUGAGAGACUCAUUGCUCACGAUGACAACUGCGAUGUCAGUGUCCUAGGCACUUCACCGAUAGCGAACACCAAUGCUAGUCUAGCAUCAGUCAGCCAAGCACCGCCUGGUCUACAUCCAAUAAAUACUAAUUCUAAUGGAUUGCAAACGCUAGUUAAUCAUCAGUCGUUAUUUCAAACGGAUAACAACAGUUUCUUUAGCUCCAAUACGUUUCAGAAAAUAUCCACUGUUUCGUCAAUGCCACAGAAUUCACAGUCAGCAAACCCCAGUGUCGACUGGACAACGCCAGCUCUAUCGUCAAUCCCUGACUCCCUCCCGGCAGUUCACUCAACAGAGGAUUGGCAAGCAGCCUUUGGAUUUCAACCUGAGAAACGUCAAUCUAAUCACCAAGCGUCUCUGGUGCCCCCCCAAAGUCCAACAGCAUCACCCAGCGUGCCUUUUAGCGCUGAUAAUUUUCUGGAUGAUGAGGACUAUCUGGAUCCCCAGUACUCAAAACUAAGUGAUUACGACCCCUCCAUCAUAAUAACAUCGACCCCGGCCUCAAAAUUCAUGGCAGACUUCCAGCAGAACUCCCUCCAGCAAAGACUCUCUCUUCAGGCCCAACAGAACCAAGAGAACUGUGAAUACAUAAAACAGAAUGGUCACAUGCUGGACAAACAAGAGAGCAACGAUGUCAAGGCGGAUGACGACCUGGGCUUUGAUCCCUUCCACGAAACCCAGAAGGCCCUAGCUGAAUUAAUGGAGAACGAGAUGCAAUUGCAACAGCAGCGAAUUCUCCAACAGCAACAACAGCAACAGAAUCAUCACAACCACCGUCAUAACCAUUAUUUCCACAAUCAUCAGCAGCAGCAACCGCAGCAGAGCCAGCAACAGAUGCACAGGGAGCGUGAGGAGACAAGUAGAAAUCAUCAGAAUAUUGCACAGAGUCUCCAGCCACAACAUUUUACUCAAGUCACACACCUGGCGCAUCUCCAUCAGGCACACCAGCUGCAGGUGAUCCAGCAAUCUCAUAAUUUGAUAUCACGUCUUCCACAGAGUAUGAUAGCCGCUGGCAAUCAGAGCCCUGGUCAGCCAUCAAUGUCAGUGACGAGUAUUGGUCAGAGAUCAAGAUUACCACCACCUGGAUUUCCAGGAUCAACUCCUAAUCACAUGAACUCUUUUGGCCUUGGGAUACCACGUCCUGCACCCAACAAUUCAGCGCCUCAGCAGAAUUCGUAUCUUCCUAAUGGCAAUGUUAUUGCCCCUCAGGCCAUUCACAAGUGCACUGGAGAUGGAGGUUAUGGGAUCAAGGAUUGGUGUGAGAUUAAUGGGGGACAGCAGGGACCAGGGCAUGUGUUCAGUCAUCAAGGGCUUGGCCAAAAGGGGUGGAAUAAUUUUGGUCCUGUUGCUGAUUGGACAAGCAUUGAUCCAGCUAUUGUUAGUUCAUCGAGACCUGUACCCUUCCAAGGGACUUCUACGUGGCAAUUUCCCAGGAUUCAUCCGAGCUCUCAUGUGCCACACAAUGCGCAACAGGAGCAAAGUGCGCCAGCUCAGCACUGGGCAAUGCAGCCACCUCCAGGCUUUGGUGGUCCGUCAUCAACUCAGUUAAAUGGUCAGCAGUCAAGCACAGCUGCACAACCGCACAGUAAACUCAUCUCCGCAGGGCCGGAAAUUGAGAACUUAUAAAUUAAAUCACGAUAGAAAAAUGAAAUCAUGGAGUGACCAGAUUGAGAAGAAAACUAGGUAACGGCACAUGUGGAUGAACACAAGAAAAUUGGAUGAAUUAAUGAAGAAACCAUUGGAUGACAGACUCAGUGGUUUCACUGGCAGCAGGAUUUCCUCCAGCCCAUAUAAGGUGAAAGAGAUCAUCGCUUAUCCUGCCGCACCACCUAAUCUAAAUUUGUAAUAAAUUUCCUUCUUCCACGCCAGUGAAAGGAAAGAAACAAUUCUGACGAGAGGAAAAAUAUUAAAUGAUUUAAUGAAAAAUGAGAGAAUUUUGAAAAAAAAACUGCUAAGCGAUUAUUAGCUGUCCGCGAAUAGAAUGGGAAAAUGAAGAAAUACAGAAUAUGAUUAUAAUUAUAACAAUAAUAAUAACGAUAAUAAUAAUAAUAAUAAUAAUAUUAAUUAAUAACGGAGGGCGAAAUGGCAUCGAAGCAAUUAUUUGGUGAUACAAUUAAUUGAUAUUUAGUGGUUAAUUAAAUGAGAGGAAUCAGUCA